AUGGGUUUUACAGGGAUAAGCAACCUUGUUCUUCUGGCUCUCGCCAUUGCCCCGGCUGGUCGAGCUAACCCUGUCCAAACAUCGAGCCCAGUGGUUGAUUUAGGCUAUGCCACCUACCAGGGAUACCAUGACAACACCUAUAACCUCAAUGUCUUCAAAGGGAUUCGAUAUGCGGCCCCUCCUGUAGGAAAGCUGCGAUGGCAAGCGCCACAAGCCCCUCUAGUGAACAGAGGAUCUAUCCAGCCUGCCACUAAACAGCCCCCAAUUUGCCCACAGUUCGGUGGCGCGAAGCUUCCAGAAGUAUAUGGCUUCAAUUCAGCCCUGGGAGAUGAGGAUUGCUUGUUCUUGAAUGUGUAUGCUCCGCCCGGGGCCAAAGAUCUUCCCGUUCUACUUUGGAUUCAUGGUGGGGGAUAUGGGCUUUUUGGGGCCUUUUACGACCCCAGUGAGUUGAUCAGCACGAAUGGCAACGGGUUCAUUUCAGUCAUGAUUCAGUACCGACUGGGAGCCUUUGGUUUCUUGUCAUCAAAAGCCGUACACACGCACGGGAAGACCAAUGCAGGCCUGCUUGACAUGCGUUUCGCCCUCGAAUGGGUCCAGGAGCAUAUCGAAAAGUUCGGUGGUGAUGCCUCCCGCGUCACGAUUGCCGGUGAAUCUUCUGGAGCAGGCUCCGUGAUGCUACAAUCAAUGGCUUAUGGUGGUCGUGAGGAUAACUUAUUCAAUAACGUUAUCGCUGCCAGUCCGUAUUCCACGGCCUUGCAUCAGUAUGAUGGCAAAGUUCCGACAAGACACUAUGACGAUUUUGCGGCACGAGCAGGGUGUCCCGACACCACUACUUUGCAGUAUGCAGGUGGAAAUGUCUCCAUUUCAGGGGAAUGGGGCACCUGGGCCUUCGUUCCUGUGGUCGAUGGCGACUUUAUCCAGGAACUGCCGUCUAAGCAAUUAUUCGAGAAGAAAGUCAGCGGCAAGCGAGUUUUAUCGGGGAAUAACGCCAAUGAGGGUGUCCCGCUUAGCCCGCCAUCUGUGAGCACCACUGGCGGAUUCCUGAGUUAUGUACACUCUGCUUUCCCUUCGCUCUCUGGCCGUGAUUAUUCCCGCCUGUUGGACAUCUACAAAUCCUGGGACAGCUCCCCCGAAAACAAUGGACCCCGGUAUGAUACACUUGGUGAUCGCGGUCCAACCGCUCUAAACCAAUCAGAAAUGGCAACUGGUCUCCAGCAGACAGUCUUCAACAUCUAUGCUGAAUCUUCCUUCGACUGUCCCUCUUACUGGCUUGCGGAUGCCUUUUCUGGAGCUGGUACCAAGGAGAGUUGGAAAUAUCAGUACUCUAUUACCCCUUCAUACCAUGGGGCAGAUUUGAGCGCAUACUUCUCUGUUGGAGCCACUACGCCUACUCGUGGCUUGAUUGAUGCUUUCCAGAAGAUUUGGGGCAAUUUCAUCAUCAACGAUACUCCAGUAAUUUCUAUCAUCGACGCAAAGGGUGGUGCAGACAACGCUACCGUACCUGAGGGUGUCAACGGAGAUAUCUCCUGGCCAAAAUGGAACAGCGGAUCUCCAGUCCUGAUGAACCUGAACACCACAGGUGGAACAACAGUUUACGUAGAAGUCACUGAUAGUCUCACUUAUUGGCUUCGGGAAGGACCUGGUGUCACGAAUAAUUUCAAACUGGCAGAUGCAUCGAAGUGGGAAGGUGGCCGUGGUCAGCGCUGUGAGUUCUGGAGAAGCGUUGGGCCACGCGUGCCAGCAUAA